CAACUUUGUGGCUCCGGUGCUCUCCCUACGAAAAUCUCCAUCAAAGUUCAAUCUUCUCUCGUGAUUCUUUUGAAUCUUCUCUGUCGCGCAUCUCUGGGUCGGUGCUCUCCCUACCAAAAGCUCCAUCAAAGACGGUCCAUCAAAGACGGUAUCUUCACUGUGUACCCUCCCUUCCACAUACGACAUUUUAUGGAUGAGUUUAAAGAAACGUGUAAUUUGAAUGAAAAUGGUUUUAUUGAUUGUAACCGUAGUGAGGUUGAAAAAUCAAUUAAUAUAGAUAGUCAAAUUGAUGAAGAGGAUAAUUUACAAGAUGAAGGUGAUGAAGAUGUAUACAAAAGUUAUCUUGAUCUGAUUGCAGAUGAUAUUUUUGGAUUGGAGUUUGCAAGUGAAAAUGUUGCUUAAAAAUUUUAUUUCACUUAUGCUAAGUGUCAUGGUUUUGGGAUCAGAAAAGAUGAGGUAGGUUAUGAUGAUAAGCACAAUAUUUUGAUGCGACAAUAUUUAUGCAACAAAGCUGGAUUAAGAGACAAAAAACAUUUCAUGAGAGAUGAUAGGAAAAAAGAACAUAGAUCACUAUCUCGUACAUAUUGUAAAGCAAAGUUACGUGUGCGUUUGGAUCGUCAAACCUCUAAAUUUAAGGUUGUUUCAUUUGAGGAAGGUCAUAAUCAUAAUUUAUGUGGUUCUAAUUUUGUGCAAUUAAUCCGUACGUACCGUGGUUUGACUUUUGCAAACAAAGUUCAGGUUGAUUUAUUACAUGCCCAAGGUGUUAGGACAUGCCAUAUAAUGGGUUUUAUGUUGGACCAAACAGGUGGGCAUAUCGGCCUUAACUUUAACAAAAAAGAUUUGUUCAAUCAUAUUGAGCGUAGUAAGCGUUUUAAGAUCAAAGAUGGAGAUGUAGUGGCUGCUUUGAGUUAUCUUCAAGGCAAGGCAAAUAAUGAUCCACUAUUUUUUUCAAGGUACAUGAUAUCAUCUGAGGGUCAGUUGAAACACCUAUUUUGGGCUGAUGGUACGAGCAGAAGUGAUUUUCAAUGUUUUGGUGAUGUACUUGCUUUUGAUAGUACAUAUAAGAAGAAUAAGUAUAACAAGCCAUUGGUGAUUUUUUCUGGUAAAAAACACCAUGCUCAAAUUGUUAUAUUUGGUUGUGCUAUUGUUUUUGAUGAAAGUAUCGAGGCAUAUAGGUGGGUGUUGGAAUCCUUUCUGAAUGCAAUGUCAAAUAAGCAGGUAUUUCCAGAAGCAACACACAGGCUUUGUUCAUGGCAUUUGCAAAAAAAUGUCUGUCAGAAUGUUAAGAAUAAUAAUUUUUGGAAGGAUUUCAAAAGAGUAAUGUACGAUAAUUAUACCCCUGAAAAGUUUGAAAGAUUAUGGAAUGAGUUAGUAGAAAGACAUGAACUACAAGACAAUAAUUGGGUUCAGCAAACUUACCAAAAACGGUUUAUGUAGGCUACUGUUUAUUUACGUGACAAAUUUUUUGCGGGUAUAAGGACUACUUCUUUAUGUGAAGGUAUAAAUUCAUGCAUAAAGUCUUAUUUGAAGAGAAAAAAUACUAUAGUUGAGUUGUUGUACAAUUUUGAGCAUUCUUUAAGAGAUUAUAGGUAUAAUGAGUUGUUGUCUGAUUUCAAUUCUUUUUAUACAGAACCUGUUUUAUCCAUGUCUUCGCCCUUAAUUGAAAAAGAAGCCUAAAAAAUAUAUACCAGUGAUGUGUUUAAAUUGGUAAAGGUUGAGAUUGUUACUGCUGGAUCUUUGAAUGUUAUUGAUACAAAUGACAAUGGUGAUAAGGUUACUUUCACAGUUGACAAUUAUAAGCAUCGUCAAUCUUUACAGAAUGUUGUUUUUGACAAAGAUGAGUGCAAAUAUGAAUGUGGUUGUAUGAUGUUUGAAUCUUGUGGCAUUCCUUGUAGUCAUAUUAUAUGUGUUAUGCGAUAUCAACAUGUUCAUGUGUUUCCUCCAAGUUUAAUAUGCAAUCGAUGGUUGAAGGAUGCUAAAAAUUCAGUUUAU